CCCAGGCUGAAGUAAGCGUGCUGCUCUCAUCUGUGGGCGAGCUGGAGACAAACACAAGUUGGAGCUGACUUCUCGCCUCAGGCAUCUGUGGCCAGCAACCCUGACCCUGCAGGCACCAGACCAGCAUGGAUGAAGAAAGAUCAGCCUCAUGCUCAAAAGCAAUUUGUCUUUGAAAAGCCAUUGGAGGUGGAGCGCAAAGUUCCUGAGGCAGGUGUGAUAGACAAGCCUGGUGUGUAUGAGCUCAGCAAAGUACCAACUGGCAUUUCUAGGAUUCAUUUGAUUCCUGGCUUUAUAGACUCAGAAGAAGCAGAUUGGAUGUUUGAACAACUCCUUCAAGAUGUACCCUGGGGUCAGAGAACUCACAUCAGACAGGAAGUAUCUUUUGAGGAACCAAGGCUUACCUCCUGGUAUGGAGAGCUUCCUUACACGUACUCCAGGAUAACAAUGCAGCCAAACCCAAAUUGGCAUCCUGUGCUGACCAUGCUAAAGGAGCGCAUUGAAGAGUCCACUGGCUAUACCUUCAACUCUCUUCUCUGCAACCUCUACCGAAAUGAGAAGGAUAGCGUAGACUGGCACAGUGACGAUGAACCAUCACUGGGAAAAAAUCCUGUCAUUGCCUCACUCAGCUUUGGUGCUACCCGGACCUUUGAGAUGAGGAAGAAACCCUCCCCUGAAGAGAAUGGAGACUAUACUUACGUAGAAAGAUUAAGAAUUCCACUUGAUCACGGGACUCUGUUGAUGAUGGAAGGAGCUACCCAGGAGGACUGGCAGCAUCGAGUGCCUAAGGAAUAUCAUUCUAGAGAUGCACGGAUAAACUUGACUUUUAGGAUCAUUUAUCCAGAAUCUGAUGGAGUUUGGAAGUGAAGAGGCACUCUGAGCAUUGUUGGAUAUAAGCUCACAGCAGAUCCAGAGCUUCAGAAUGCUACAGAUUUAAAAGAUGUCUUAGAGGAACAGAGUUCUGUGAAAUAUCUGAUGGGGAAAAGAAUCGAUGUAAUGAAGAUCUUUUUGAUGAUCAAAAGCUGCCUGUGUUAUGUGGACAGUGCUAUUUUUUUUUUUUUUUCAGAAGUGAUAUGCUAUUAGAUGAUACUAAAUUACAGGCUUUAAGUUUGUGGAAAAAAAACAGUGAUCAUUCUUUAAUACACAGAGCACAUGAAAGAUCUGAGGGCACCGACUGGAGCAGAAAGAUUCAGUGAGCAGUUAUUUUUGCACCUUCUCUUGCCUCCCCUUUUCCCCCAAGUAGUGAUCUGUGCUCUAAGUAAUGACAAGACAGGAUUCUUUUAUGUAAAGCCAGCUGUAUGUGUGCUGUGUGUACAGAAAUGAGAAAGCUGUGCUUCACGAUGAGCUCUGAGUAUUACUCACUUCACCAAGGGGUAGUGCAUUGCUUUUUAUUUGUAGGUUGCAAAGUCUUUUCCAAUGAAGCAACCAGUUUGAUUAUUUAUAUAACUUACUUGAAUUAUACUAGUGGCUAGCAGAACAGAGGGUCAAGACUCCCUUCUCCUAUGCGCUCUGUGGUCAGACUUUAUCCUAACUGCUCAUCCAUGUAGGCAAGACAAACGCAAACAACGGAGAGACCUUAGCUACGAGCCUUUCUUUAUCGGCCAGGUCGAAGCUGCCCAUUGCUUGCAUAUUAACAGUCCUCCGUCCCUGCUGGCUUAAAACUGUUACCUCUGCGUCGUAGGCAGGAAAACAGACACAAAGAGAUGAAAAGCAUUACUUUCAGAAUUUGCUAGUAAAUUUUUAGUUUCUUUUUUGUGUUUCUUUUUAGCACAACUAAGUUGUGGCUUCCAGUGAUUUCAGGUGAGACAGGAAAUGUCAGCAUCUCUAAAAAUCAGGCUUAUGCUGCCAAAUUUGAUACCCAGAAGAACUGGUGCAAGGUUUUGGACCCAAGUUAUGAUCAUGAUGUAAGUAAAUUGCAAAGCUACACUAAAUAGAGUGUAGUAGCACUAGGUGCAGCACUCACUCUGGUGCUGCUGCUCCUAGGUCAAUGCGUAUUGCAUUAAAGAAUAUUACUUGGUGGGUUCUCUCUUGACCCUCUGCUGUUACAGAGCAGCAGUCAGCAGCUUGGACCUGAUUCUAGGUUGACUUGCUGGAAUUCUUCGGGUUUGCCUGCCCUAGGUACGUCCCACCUCUUGGUGGGAACCAGUGAGCUGGUGUCUGCUCUCUGGAUGUUAAGUCAGGUAUCCUGCCUAUGGCGUUAAGUUCUCACUGCAGCUAAAUGGCAUCCACUGUACUGGAUCAGAACAUAGGUUUGGUGUGUCUUCACUUUCUGCCUGAAUUAGGGUCUAAGCAAGGGUAGCUACUCUAUGCCGUGUAAUGCAUUAACAUUGUUAAGCAAGCUGGUGUCCCUCUUCAGUGCAAGAAUAUGUCAGUGUUUACAAAAUGUCUAUCUUCUCUUAGCCAGCAUUUGCUGUAGUUCAAAAUUUCUAUUUGAUGAGAGCAGUCAAGUUAUUCAUACUCAAUUAUGCCUGUUUUAACGGUAUUGAUGGCCUAAAGGACAGACUGUUGAGCCAUUUCAAUCCCUGUGCUCUGAAACUGGGCAUAAUAAUUUCCUUUCUGCAUCAAACCACUCUAGAAGCAGCUUCUCCACCUAAAGCACUGUACAGCUUUUGAAAUAGCUUGCUAUUCUAAAAAGAAUGAAUAUUAGAAAACUGACUUUGUUAUCUAAUGGUGUCUUCACUUUCAUCCCAGUUUGUAUAGAAAUACGUUUUUGGAGUAUAUUUGAUGUUCAUUCCUUGCAUUUGAAUCUAGGAUCUGGGCUCUGUGAUGUAUCUCCUGAGAAUUAGCGUUGAAGGAGGCAGACGCUUACUUUCACAUUUACUUUCUUUGGGUAACUGGAGCUUUGUGUGCAUCCCCGUAUGCAUGCCGAGGUUUGGCAGUCCUGACAGAGUGGUUUUCUUUAACGAAGGGGCGGUGCUAAUUUCUCCAGGUAUUCUGACAAGGCAAUGCUUUAGUCUUUGUCAGUUCAUACAAGCUGCAUUUUUUUACACUGUAUUAACAAUAGUCAUGCUGCAAGAGAGAGUAGGAGAUGGGGACUAGAGGAAAACUUUUAAACCCCCAAACCUCAGCCUAUGGAACUUGCAACUCAUUUGAAUGCAAUGAAGCUGUGACACGUGGUAGGGCCCUGGAGACUCAUACUGUUGCGGAAGAAUAGUUUUUCACUUACCUUUUUGGUUUCAGUUUAUAAUGUUAGCAAAUUGUGGUUUAGUUUCUUUACUUCUUUUGGUCUGGGAGAAGACCGAGGCUUCCUCCCCAACAACAAAAUUAUUUGUAAGAGAAAUGCUGUAUCCCAUGGAGCACUGUUGGGGCAAUACCCUUUUAUUGCUGGUGUCUACUAUGUUUGCUCUCUCUCACGUGUCUACCGUGCUGCUGCUUAUAUCCAAAUCUGGUGGACAGUGGAGAGAAGGCACAUGGCAUCAUUCCUCCCGCUGGGGAGCAGUUGGUGUAGAGGUCGAAUUUCUUUGUCAGCUGGGAACUUGUGGGUCCUUCCUUCCUCCCCCACCUCCUCCCAAAAAAAGUCACCUAGCCAGGUGGCGGCGGAUUGCAACCUCCUGCCUGCCAGGACAGCAGGAAAUGGCUUAGAGCAGAGGAGAUUCCAGCCCACAUCUCCUCAGGAGAGCUUCUUCUGCAGGGACAUUUUUCCUGUAGGUAGAAAUUUGUUCCUGAAUGCUUCGAGCGCUCUUACAGUUCUCAAGACGGAUGUGGGCAAAAACGAGAUUUAAGAAGUCGUGAGCCUGGUUGUGUUCUCAUGGCACCUAAAGAUUUUCACUGGAGACCAGGGCAACCUGAAAAUUUUCAGUGCUAGUAUUCAGCUGUUUCUGCUGUUGGAGUCAAGUGCAGAGGGUAACGUAUUUAGAAUGGUAAAUAUAUAGUUAGAUUCCAUUCUUAAAGAUAGCUGCAGCAACCUUUCCCCUAGUUAAAUGGAUUUGAAAAUAAUAUUUCUAAAAAUGCUAACGAAAAGAUUUAUUUUCCAGUUAUAAGGCUUUCCUCCUUCCCUGGACUGUCUUAACAGUACAAUGU